CAGUUUUUUGCUGCACAAUCCUGCGAAGAUGACUUCAGACUGGGGUGAGAAGUCCACUGCAGACCUGAUGAGCAGGUACGUCUCCAAAGAGACGGGAUGUGGCGUGCCCGAGGAGGGUUGGCGGAUCUGUCUGGCACACGAGUUCAAGGAGAAGAGGAAGCCCUUCCAGGCCAAAGACGUCUCGCUGUCCAAUGUUCUGGAGCACGUCGGCCUUGGGAUCAGGUAUCUGAAAUGGUGGUACAAGAAGACACAGGUGGAAAAGAAAGCUCCGUUCAUCGACAUGUUUCGUGCUCAGCCCUUGCGCCAAAUAUACGGCGCUCCGCUCGGCGGUAUCGGAGGAGGAACCAUCACGCGAGGCUGGAGGGGGGAGUUCUGCAGAUGGCAGCUCAACCCUGGAAUGUACCACUACAAAACGGUCACGGCGGACCAGUUUACGGUGUGUUUGCGGCGAGGUGGCCAAACGGUUUACCAGCAGGUGCUCUCUGUGGAGCGCCCGCCCACACUACAAGGCUGGAACUGGGGUUACUGUGGGGAGUACGCUUUCUACCACGCCCUGUACCCCCGAGCCUGGACCGUCUACCACCUGCCGGGACAGAAUGUGACGCUCACCUGCAGACAGAUCUCCCCCGUCAUCCCACAUGACUACAAGGACUCGAGCCUCCCCGUGGCGGUGUUUGUGUGGGACAUAGAGAACAAGAAUGACUUUGCACUCGAGGUCUCCAUCAUGUUCACCGUGGUCAACGGGUCGGGACACAAGGACGACAAGAGCGGGGGACACUGGAACGAACCAUUCCACCUGGAGAAGGAGGGGGAGGCCGUGUCCGGGGUCUUACUACACCACUGCACUACAGUGAACCCUUACACCCUGAGCAUCGCAGCCCGAGAGCAGCCUGACAGGAUGGUCAGUCACCAGACGGCGUUCAGUCCAAAGGGAACCUGCAGCGGCCUGUGGAGUGACCUCAUCACUGAUGGACGGCUGGACUCUCCUACAGGCUCGAGCCCACCGUCGCCUAAAGGAGAGAAGGUGGCGGCAGCGUUGGCCGUGGGCUGCUCCGUGCCAGCUCAGGGUCACAACGCGGUGGAGUUCUGCCUGGCCUGGGACAUGCCCAAGAUCACCUUCGGCUCAAGGGAGAGAGAGCACAUCAGGAGAUACACUCGUUACUUUGGUACUCAAGGCGACGCGUCCCCCUCGCUCAGUCACUACGCACUCACUCACUACAGACGCUGGGAGAGGAGCAUUGAGGAGUGGCAGAGACCCAUCCUGCAGGACAGUUCUCUCCCCCACUGGUACAAGUCGGCUCUGUUUAACGAGCUGUACUUUGUGGCCGACGGGGGGACGGUGUGGACCGAGCUGCCGGAGGAUGCCGACGUCAGCGGCGGCAUCCGCAGCGAGGACGGGGGGCUUCCAGCUCAGCCUGACGUCAUCAAGGAGUACGGACGAUUCGCCUACCUGGAAGGUCAGGAGUACAGAAUGUACAACACAUACGACGUGCACUUCUACGCCUCCUUUGCUCUCAUCAUGCUGUGGCCCAAACUCGCCUUGAGUUUGCAGUAUGAUAUAGCCGGCAGUGUGGUCAGUGUAGACCCCACAGAGAGGCUCCACCUGAUGAGCGGCAUUCACUCUCCUGUAAAGGCCAAAAACGUGGUGCCUCACGACAUCGGAGACCCAGACGACGAGCCCUGGCAGAGGGUGAACGCCUACCUUAUCCACGACACUGCAGACUGGAAGGACCUGAACCUGAAGUUCGUCCUGCAGGUCUACAGGGACUUUCAUCUCACGCGGGACACGCAGUACCUCCGGGACAUGUGGCCAGUCUGCCAGGCUGUGAUGGAGUCGGAGAUGAAGUUUGACCUGGAUGGAGAUGGACUGAUAGAGAACUCUGGCUAUGCAGACCAGACUUACGACGGUUGGACUGUGACUGGACCAAGUGCGUACUGUGGCGGGCUGUGGUUGGCGUCCCUGUGUGUGAUGUGCAAGAUGGCUCGACUGGUGGACAGCGAGGAGACAUUCCAACGCUACAGGGACAUCCUGGACAGAGGCAGCGCUGCUUUUGAUAAACUGCUGUGGAACGGCAAAUACUAUAACUACGACAGCAGUGGGAGAGACCUUUCUAACAGUGUCAUGUCUGAUCAGUGCGCUGGUCACUGGUUCCUGAGAGCUUCCGGACUUGGAGACGGAGAAUACCAGGCUUUUCCCAAAGAAAAAAUCCAGAGCGCUCUUAAAUCUGUCUUCGACUUGAAUGUGAUGAGCUUUGCUGGGGGUCAGAUGGGGGCGGUUAACGGCAUGCGUCCUGAAGGAGUGGUGGACCGCUCCAGUGUUCAGUCAGACGAGGUCUGGAUUGGAGUGGUGUAUGGACUGGCUGCCACUAUGAUCCAUGAGGGUAUGCAUGAGGAGGGUAUGCGCACAGCAGAGGGUUGUUAUCGGACUGUUUGGGAGAGGCUGGGCAUGGCCUUCCAGACUCCCGAAGCUUACUGCGAGAAGGGCAUCUACCGCUCCCUGGCAUACAUGCGGCCUCUGAGCAUCUGGGCUAUGCAGCUGGCCCUGAACACUUCAAAGAAGGAUCAGAACACAUCGGACCAGAACGGAGCAUCAGACGGGGAGCAAGGACAGGAUCUGAGAGAGUCAGAGCUCGGACCUGAGAAGUAGGACUGGUGUGAUUUAGACAAGUACCGCCGGUUCCUUUGAAACCCCCCCAGGCAGACGCGAUUCUCAUCUACACACCAAACCUCGAUACAGAACACAAAUUUGACCUUCUUAAUGUUUAGAAUGCUUCAAAUGUUUUGUUAUUUGAGGCUUCAAGUCAGAACUUAAAUGGUUUUUUUUUGCCCAACAAAGUCGGUAGCUACUGUAGAUCCUGAUCAGAUGUAGAGUUUAAGAGUUUUUUAAGGGACUGAAAAUGGUUUCUGAUUUUUUAAGUUAUGGUGGCAGCCAUGCAUUAUCGAAAUCAUAGCCAGUGAGCGUUUGCUGAUUUCAAAUAGACCUUGUUUUUAGACAACAUACUGUUUAUUUGCACUACAUUUCCUGAUCAUGUCAAACGCCAUGAUUAGAAACUUUUCAUGCUAACUAUUUGAGGACUGUUAAUUAUUACAUCAGCCACAUGUACCGGUAGUCAUUACUGUAACAGUUGAAAUGACACCAGUGGACUGUUAAAUAAAGCUGUAUUUGAAUUACUUCUCAAUCAGAAAUGUGGAUAUUUGUAAAAGAAAAGGUUUCACUUUUCCUUGACCUAAAUUUGAAUGCUGUACUAAAUGAGAUCAUGUGUGAUGGAAAUUGUUUUAUUUUAUUUGAUAGAAAUUGGUGCCUUGCUGCAUGUUGGCCUAUGUCUACAGUAUAUUCAUGUAGCGGCAAGCGUUUUAUAAAAUACUCAUGACAAUCAUGUGGAAUAAAUUAACUAAAUAAGAUCAAACAGAAGGUUGUGUUUUGAAUUAAACGUACUGUUAAGAGU